AUACCAGACACCGGCGCAGCCACAAUCUUCAAGUUUGAAAAUUGUUCCGUUGACACCCCCUCGCUUCCCCUAUUGAUCCAGUUACCGCCCUUCCUUCAUUGUACAAUACAUCGUGGCAUUGGUACUCUUUCUUCGCCAUCUCUGUCUGUACACACCCUUCUUCCCGCUUCGCAGGACGGCUGCACGCCCCUGAUUUUUCUCACCGCCACCCUUAUCCCUAUUUUUAGGGGUUCUCAUCUUCUUUCAAGAUUCUUAAUAGAGGUACGAUCUGUGUGCUCUUUUCCGAGUUUUUGGGCCACGUUGUACUCCCCGGGAACAACCCCCCUCAUUCUUGACCUCAACUGAUUGUAUUCGCUGAUCGCAGUUCUUACACACAUACCAAACUAAACUAUGGCUCGACCUCUCCGCCGCUCGAGUCCCAUAACCUUAAUACUAGCCCUGGUACUUUUCCUCGGCUUUAUAAUUUUUAUCCUUUCACCAUCAAAUCCCGUGCCAUCAAUUCCAAAGAGCAAGAUUGCUUCAUCGUCAUCUACACGAACAUCGCCGAACUCGCCACCUCCAGUUGUCCACUACUACCUUAACAACCUUACUACCUCUUCUGACCCUGUUGGUAACCGUGAAAGGGUUUUAGUUUUAACCCCUGUGGCCAGGUUUUAUGACGAGUAUUGGCAAAAUCUUUUGAAGCUUAGCUAUCCUCGCGACUUGAUCGAGCUCGGAUUUAUCGUUCCCAAGACCCGCGAGGGUAACACGGCAUUGGCAAAAUUGGAGGAUGCCGUUCGCCGUGUACAAACCGGGUCGAAGAAACACAGAUUUUUGGGGGUGACUAUUAUUCGGCAAGAUUUCGACACACCGGUGCCCCAGAAUGAGAAGGAGCGGCAUGCGCUUUCUGCCCAAAAGGAACGAAGAGAGGCCAUGUCUCGUGCUAGGAAUUCCUUGCUGUACACCACUUUGGGAACGGAGACAGCUUGGGUCUUGUGGCUGGACGCAGAUAUUAUUGAAACCCCGCAUACCCUAAUUCAGGACCUUGCAUCACACGAUAAGGCCGUAAUUGUUCCCAACUGCUAUCAAAGGUACACCGAUAAGGGCAAGGAGAAGACUCGUCCCUACGAUUUCAACUCAUGGCACGAUUCGGAGACUGCCCUUGCGAUGGCCCGGAAAAUGGGUUCGGACGAGAUUAUUCUCGAAGGUUAUCAUGAGAUGGCGACUUACAGGUCUCUGAUGGCAUACGAAAUGACAGAGGGAGGGGAUCCGCAUCUGGAGACCGAGCUCGAUGGUGUUGGCGGAACAGCACUGCUGGUGAAGGCGGAGGUACACCGUGAUGGUGCUAUGUUUCCUCCAUUCCCAUUCUACAACCUUAUUGAGACCGAGGGCUUUGCAAAGAUGGCAAGAAGACUCGGCCAUCAGCCUUACGGAUUGCCAAACUACCUGGUAGGUUCUUCAUAUACCUACUGCACCUACGAGUACGAUUUUAAUUGAACUAGGUUUACCAUUAUAAUGAAUAAUUGGCGCAAUUGACCACAUUUUCUUCCCCCCGUCCGAUCCAUGGGCGCUAAUGUGUUACUCGGCCGGUUUUUGAGUGUAUACCCUUAUGUUCGUUCAUUCUUAUUUUUCAUCUUAUUUACGCUAGUUACCUCGCCGCCGCCCCCGAAAGAAAUCCGUUCCCGCUGGCUUCACUAGACAACUAACGUGUUUUUUUCCUGGAAUCCUUUUUUCUUGUCCCGUUGCGGUAUCUGUUUUGGGGCUAUAUAUGACGUUCCGUGUGAAUAGAGGUUUUUUGCUUUUGUUUUUUUGCUGUUUCCGCUUUUCUGCUGUUCUGCUUCAAAAGGGAGGGGCAGAUGGGUCGUUCUUGGAUGAAAGCAUGGAGUUACGUCUUUACCGCACAUUACCGUAUUCAAUUCCGUGCUUUAGCUUGUCGAUUCUACUCUAGUGGUUCUAUAAUUGUGUAUUUGAUCAUCUAAUAUCUUGUAGAGAUACCCUCCAAAGGGAAGCCCGGGCGGAAAACAUUGGUACUCUAGCACCUAGAAUGCCGGCUGUACCAAUGGGGUACUUGGAUAUCCUCACGACGGCGAGUGCCCAUUUCUACUAGCGAGGCGGUGCUGGAUAUUAGCGGUUGUGAUGGAGGGUACAAAUUAUAGAAAGCCCCUUGCACCCCCUAGUCAAACUAUACCGCAAUCGGCCAAGCCUCUACAAAGUAGUU